AUGGCCCGCACCAAGCAGACCGCCCGUAAGUCCACUGGUGGCAAGGCUCCCCGCAAGCAGCUCGCCUCCAAGGCCGCCCGCAAGAGCGCGCCAUCAACCGGUGGUGUCAAGAAGCCUCACCGCUAUAAGCCCGGUACCGUCGCUCUCCGUGAGAUCCGUCGCUACCAGAAGUCGACUGAGCUUCUCAUCCGCAAGCUCCCUUUCCAGCGCUUGGUUCGUGAAAUUGCACAGGACUUCAAGAGCGACCUUCGCUUCCAGUCUUCAGCCAUUGGUGCUCUCCAGGAGUCAGUCGAGUCCUACCUCGUCUCCCUCUUCGAGGACACCAACCUGUGCGCCAUCCAUGCCAAGCGCGUCACCAUCCAAUCUAAGGACAUCCAGCUCGCCCGCCGCCUUCGCGGAGAGCGCAACUAA